UUUUCAUAUGUUUCUCGGUUUCUGUGGCCUCGGUGGUUUUCCAGGCUAUCGGAAGCUAUCACCGGAACCGGACCAGCCCGUGACGUCACAACGUAAUACGAGCGUUACGAAUUGUGGAGAUCCCGUGUUGUGUCCAACAAAGAGCACUGCGCUUCCACAGUCAACAGGGAAUCAAUCGAUCGUGCAGACUGCAACUGCGUGUAUAGUGACUAUACGUUGCUGGAGGCGGAAACGGCAUAUGCGCACUCCAGUAUCCCCGCGACUGAGUGCAGUGCUCGUGUGCAACAAUUAGCCCGAUGUGGCAGGUGGCUGCGGGCGGUUGCGCGGGCUGGCAUCCCCACUGCUGCGCGCUCUCGCUCACUAACUGUCUUUCCUACCCAGGAAGAAAGCCGAGCCACAUAUGUUUCCACAACAUUGGCCAAUCUAAUCGGGUUGAUUACGCACUGCACUCGCUUUUCCGUGGCCAUUCCGCUCGCUAUGCGCAUUAUGCCGGCAGCCACGAUCGUCUAGCGUGAUAAACAAACCCGGGAUUAUUUUAUCCUUCCGCGCAUGACAUAUAUCUAACCAUAAACACUGAAGCGUAGAUGUUUUGCUGAUCGAUGGCAUGGAUAUGUCCGUAUAUAAAAAACCCGGCGUAGCGACGAGGGGAUGAUUGUGGCGAUCAUGUUGCGGUUGUGAAGAGAUCAGUCUUUAAUGAUUGAUGCAGCAGGCUACUGAAUGGUACGACUGUGUGUAUGGCGAUCGGCGGAAUAAGUUGGUUAGCCGUGCCGGCUCAUGCGGCAUCCCUUUGGAUUAGACUGGCGCGUAAGGGGAUCUGGGGGAUUAUCCUGCUCCUCGCUGCACACGCACGCUCCGCCCGCGGCUACGACGACCAGGAGGCCUGCCGUUUCCACGUCGUCAACGAGACAACCGGCCUGUACGUGUCGCACUACUUCAUGUGCAAGGCCCCCUUCCCGCCCUACUGCUGCGGUACGGAUACCUUCAAGGAGUGCUGCCGGUGGACGCAUUAUGUUAUCAACCGAUUCGGAGGCGGCAGCACCGGACUCGGGGUGGGUCUGCUGGUUGGACUGGGAUUUGUAACUCACUGCCUUUGUGAUAUUUUUGCUGGUCUGCCUGGUGUUCCGGUGUUGUGUGGUGUCGCGAUGGAACCAGGCCAGCGAGCGGAGUACAUCGACACCACAGAAACGUCUGCACGACAACGUGGCCAUGUAGAAUGUAAUAAACGACCUUGAUUUUGUCUUUACUAAAUCGAAAGGAGACUGUCGUGAUUGGACCAAAGCUCUUCGGUACAUUAUAAGCUGUUCUUUUGAAUACGAGCGUUUUGUGCCCUUGAUUUGCGUGCGUUGCAUUGUUAAGCUGACAGCCGUUAAUCUUUCUAGAAAUAUUUCGCAUAAUAAAUUAGUCUGUUGAUCUUGAACAGCGGUGAAGCGCAUGAAA